AUGCACCAGACCACGCAAGAGGCAAACACCAACCGCGUUCCCUCCCAGAUACACCGUGGCGCUGCCAGGAAGGAAGAGCAGAAACAGCUACUUGGAAGCAACCGGGAUACCGCGCUCACACGUCUACAAAAACUGGUAAAGAGGCUAUCGAUGAAUGAAGGAUUAUUGGGGCGAUACGACGCAGUCAUCCGACAAUACCUGGAGCUAGGACACGCUGAACUGGCACCUCAGAAUGUUCCUGUUCAUCGUGCCACCUAUUAUAUGCCACAUCGGCAAGUUAUACGAGAGGAAUCGCUGACCACCAAGCUCCGGUUCGUGUUUGACGCAUUGUCACACGCUCAAGGCUUUCCAUCACUCAAUGACUGUCUGGAUAAAGGGGUGAACCUCAAUCCAGAGUUACUACAAGUGCUACUUCGCUUUCCGUGGUUUCCGGUCGCCAUCAACUCGGAUAUCGAGAAGGCAUUCUUGCAAAUAGAGAUACAAGAGACCGACCGAGAUGCAUUCCGGUUUCUCUGGUUUGAUGCCAUUCCCGUCAGCCAGGACAAUAACAUUGUCGAAUGGCGCAUGACCCUGGUUCCAUUUCGAUCAACAUCAAGCCCGUUCUUGCUCAUGGCCACUAUUCAUCACCACUUGGACAACGCUUGUAAGGACAAAACACUUGCUUUUAUUUUGAAGAAGUCCUUUUAUGUAGACGAUUUACUGGUGGGUGCGGAGACAUUCGAAGAUGGCCUGAGCAUCUAUGAUUGA